UGUCAUCCUUUUGGGAAUCACAAUAAAAUUGUCGAGGCUUGAAUGCUGCCCUGUUUGCUGCCAUCAACUGUAAAUAUAUACCAAUAGUCUAAAAUGCAGCAAGUUCCCAGGCACGAAGCAAAACGAACUGGUGAUUGGGUGCUUACUGGAACACCUUUUGACGAGGACCAGGUACCACCAAAGCAGUCCCAGUCUCAAAAGAUAGCGCCAACCCUCGAAUUCUUUCAGCAAGUGAGAGAUGAGAAUGGUCGUCAAAGGUUACAUGGAGCUUUCAAAGGAGGUUUCUCAGCAGGCUAUUUCAACUCUGUAGGCUCCAAGGAAGGAUGGACUCCUUCUUCUUUUUAUUCUUCUCGAACGAAACGAGCCAGACAAGAACCUAGAAAUCGACUAGAAGGACUCAUCGAUGAAGAGGACGUUGAAGACGAUGAUCCAAUAUUUUCUAUUGGUGGAUUUCCGUUAGAUGUAAAGCCUUAUUUUGGUUGUUUGGGAAAUCACGAAAGCCACAGAGCUUCUAGACAAUCCAAGAAAGGAGCCUUUGAAGGAGCUUCUUCUCAACUCUUUUCUGAAGAUAUUUUGCAAGUUUCACCAGAAAGUUUCUCGCUAGGAUUUCAGAUGUUAAGAAAGUUAGGUUGGAGAGAUACUCGUGUAAUAGGAGAAGAAGGAAACGUGAAAAAUGCACCGGUUGUGAAGGUAUAUGGUCCUGAAUUGCCUUUGAAAAGUCAUCAGGUGUCUUGGCGAGUAGAUUCGUUACGUAGCGAAGAUGAUAUUUCAGGAAUAGGAUACAACACAGAGAAUAUAUUAGAUUGGAAGGGACCAAAACGCGAAACGACUCAAGGGUUGCUGUACCAAACACAGUCAAUCAGUUAUCUAGAAGAAGAUGAUGACGAAUAUGAUGUAUUCGACAACCAGCAGGAAGAUUAUUUACAAAGUAUACAAGACGCCGUCGAAAAACGAGCAAAGCUGUCUAAAAAAGGAGCAGAUGAUUUCAAGGAAGUAGAUAAACCAUCAAGCAAUGAUGCCUUCUUGGCAGGUAAACUUCAAUUUCAUAUGGCUAAUGAACAAAAGAAGAGAAAAGUUUAUUCGGCUCCGACAGUUCCCGAAAUGUAUGAUUUUCGUUUCUGUCCAGAUAAGGACAAGUAUGCCUACAAUACAAGCACAUGUGGUAUUCAGACUACAAAGCGUUUACUUUCAAGCGUCAAAAAUGCAGCAGAUCGUCGCAUUCUCCUUGGAGAGUCACUUAUAAGUGUAAGUGGACCAAAAAAGAAAGUUGAUCUGACAGAUACCGGUGAACAACAACUGGUGGAUAAUUCCAAAGGACCUACAACGGGGUUGUCUAAGGAGAUUCUGGACAAACUGAAUAAGUCGAUGACAGAAAGGUUUACCAGCUCAAGUGAAGAUAAUAAUAACAGGGCAUCUCAAGAGACUCAUUCCAAAGUUUUGGAAGAUACAAGGAAAUCUCAAGGACUUCCCGUGGGUCAAUCGAAGCGCGAGAUACGAUUCUGGCAACCUUCAAGGUUGCUUUGCAAGCGUUUCAACGUUCCUCAACCUACUGUCACAGGGGAAACAUCCAAACGAACAACAAGUCGUAUAUAUUCUGAACUUCCGGUUUUCGAAACCGAAAAAUCCGUCGACCAAAAGACGGAAGAUAAGUCGCAAAGAGAUGAUAUAAAGGCCGACACUAUGGAUGAAGAGAAAGAAGAAACAAGCUUGAUAAAUAGCGAAUUUCUACGACUUCGGUCUGAGCGACCCAGCACAGAGUUGUUUCGAGCUAUAUUUGAUGAAGAUAGUGAAGAGGAAGAGUUUGUGGAAACAAACGAGCUCCCCGAAGAUUCCUUGCUCUAUGUUCGACCCAAAUCUCAAGACAAGAAAACAGCUGUCAACAACUCGAAAGCUAUUCAGAGACCAAGAGCAGUUGACUAUUUUUAAGGAAUGACAACACUUAAUUGUAUAAAUGAAACAUUCAAUAA